AUGGCGGAUCGGGCGGAGAUGUUCGCGCUGGCCACCUUCCACUCGCUGUCGCCGCCCGGCUGCAGGGCCCCUCAGGACAUAAGCCUGGAAGAAUUUGAUGAUGAGGAUCUGUCUGAGAUCACCGAUGACUGUGGCCUUGGUCUCAGCUACGACUCAGACCACUGCGAGAAGGACAGCCUCUCCCUGGGGCGCUCGGAGCAGCCGCACCCCAUCUGCUCCUUCCAGGACGACUUCCAGGAGUUUGAGAUGAUCGAUGACAAUGAAGAGGAUGAGGAGGAGGAGGAAGAGGAGGAAGAGGAGGAGGGAGAUGGGGGCGGGGAGGAAGGAGGCCUCGGUGGCUCCAUUGCUCCUGCCCCGGACCAGCCCCUGAUCCCCUCCCCCUCUACCAACGAGCCCCACAAGCACCGGCCCACCACGCUCCACUUGACGGCCCUGGGAGCGCAGGACUCCCUGAACAACAAUGGCGACUUCGCCCCCGCCCCGCCGGCCUCCGGGCCGGAGACGCUGCUGUGCAGCCCCCCCAAGGCGACCUUCGCCUUCGCCUCCCGCGUUUCCUGCCGCUCGCCCUCCCCCGGCUGGGCUCCAGGGCCGGCCUCCGAGCAGCUCCAGGCAGGAGAGCGGCGCAGAGCGCACCCGGGGGCGGGCGGAGGCGGCCCGGUGCGGGGCGGCCGCGCCGGAGAGAGAGGCGCGCAGAGACGCCGGCUCCCCUCUCCGCGUUCGCUCGCUCGCUCCCCGCCUCCCGCACUCCGCUCGCUCCCACCCCUGGGCCGCAUGAUCUCGUCCAUCUCGGAGACCGAGCUGGAGCUGAGCAGCGGCAGCAGCAGCAGCGGCCGCUCGUCGCACCUCACCAACUCCAUCGAGGAGGCGUCGUCGCCGGCCUCGGAGCCCGAGCCCGAGCCCGGGCCGCCGCGCCGGCCCGCCUUCCUGCCCGUGCGCCCGGACGACUCCAACAGCGAGUACGAGUCGGGCUCCGAGUCGGAGGCCGAGCUCAGCGAGGACGCCGACUCGCCCUGGCUGGGCCCUGCGCAACCCGCGCCCUGCCUCUUCCUGAGCAACCCCACGCGCGACACCAUCACGCCGCUGUGGGCCGCGGUGGGCCGCGCAGGGCGCCCGGGCCGCGCGUGCUCGGCGGCCUGCUCGGAGGAGGAGGACGAGGACGAGGAAGAUGAGGCCGAGGAGGGCGCAGAGUCCCCCGGGGGCAGGGGCGCGGGCCCCGCGGCGCCACGGGACGCCUCGCUGGUGUACGACGCGGUCAAGUACACGCUGGUGGUGGACGAGCACACGCAGCUGGAGCUGGUGAGCCUGCGGCGCUGCGCCGGCCUGGGUGCCGACAGCGAGGACAGUGGAGGCGAGGCCAGUGAGGAGGAAGAGGCCGGGGCCGGGCUGCUGGGCAGCGGCGGAGCGCGGGACCCGGAGGACGCCUCUCCGGACAGCCCCGACCUCACCUUCUCCAAGAAGUUCCUUAAUGUGUUUGUCAACAGCACCUCUCGAUCUUCCAGCACCGAGUCCUUUGGCUUGUUCUCCUGCUUGGUGAAUGGUGAAGAACGGGAGCAGACCCACCGGGCUGUCUUCAGGUUCAUUCCUCGUCACCCGGAUGAACUGGAGCUGGACGUGGACGACCCGGUGCUGGUCGAGGCCGAGGAGGAUGACUUCUGGUUCCGUGGCUUCAACAUGCGGACAGGGGAGCGGGGAAUCUUCCCUGCUUUCUAUGCCCAUGCAGUGCCGGGCCCUGCCAAAGACCUGCUGGGGAACAAGCGGAGCCCCUGCUGGGUGGACCGAUUCGAUGUGCAGUUUCUGGGCUCCGUGGAGGUACCCUGUCACCAGGGCAACGGUAUCUUGUGUGCAGCCAUGCAGAAGAUCGCCACAGCCCGGAAGCUGACCGUCCACCUGCGCCCACCUGCCUCCUGUGACCUUGAAAUCUCCCUUCGGGGGGUCAAGCUGAGUCUGACCGGAGGUGGACCUGAGUUUGAGCGCUGCAGUCACUUCUUCCAGAUGAAGAACAUUUCCUUCUGUGGCUGUCACCCCCGCAACAGCUGCUACUUCGGCUUCAUCACCAAGCACCCUCUGCUAAGUCGCUUCGCCUGCCACGUGUUCGUCUCCCAGGAGUCCAUGCGGCCCGUGGCACAGAGCGUGGGCCGCGCCUUCCUGGAGUACUACCAAGAACACCUGGAGUACGCCUGCCCCACAGAGGACAUCUACCUGGAAUAG